AUGCAUUCGCUAUCCCUCUUUCUCUUACCUCUAAUCAUCCUCUCAUCUUCACCAUCUUAUGCUACUUCACCAAAUCAUGUUCUAACCCAAGGCUCCUCACUUUCUGUUGAAAGCAACGAUSUUUUGGUUUCACCAAACAAGCUUUUUACUGCCGGAUUUCACCAAAUUGGCAUAAAUGCUUAUUACUUUGCAGUAUGGUUUUCUGAGCCCAUGUCCGAUGGCAAUCACACAUUGGUUUGGAUGGCCAACAGAGACGAACCUGUCAACGGAAAACGUUCCAAGUUUUCCUUGCAUACAACUGGAAAUCUUGUGCUAACAGAUGCUGGCCGAAGAAUUUGGACGACCGACACUAAAUCUACUUCGGCUUUGCAAUUGCAACUCAUUGACUCCGGUAAUCUUGUUCUUAACCAGUCAGAUGAGCAACCAUAUCUUUGGCAAAGCUUCAGUUUUCCGACUGAUACCAUUCUCCCCAAUCAGCCUUUCACCAAAGAUACCGUUCUUAUAUCUUCCAGAAGUUCAUCAAAUUUGUCUUCUGGAUUCUACAAGCUCUAUUUUGACAACGAUAACGUAAUCCGUCUUCUUUAUAAUAGCGACGAAAUAACCAGUGUUUAUUGGCCUAGCCCUUGGUUACGAACAUGGGAAGCAGGGAGGACUACUUACAACAACAGUCGAUUUGCUUUACUUGAUACCACAGGUCGUUUCAAGUCCACAGAUGAUUUUAUGUUUGUUACCACAGACGUUGGCCAGAAGCUUCAUAGAAGACUGACACUUGAUAUUGAUGGCAAUGUUAGAGUUUAUACACUGAAUAAAAGAAGUUGGACUGUUUCAUGGCAAGCAAUUUCAACACCAUGCCAAAUUCAUGGGAUUUGUGGCCAAAACAGCCUUUGUACUUACAGUUUUGAAUCGGGAAGGAGAUGCAUUUGCAUGCACGGGUACAAGGCCAAGAACCACACAGAUAUGUCUUUCGGGUGUGAACCUGUAUUCCGUCAUACUGGACAUCAGGAAACAUAUGGAUUCGUCAAACUCCCUCAUGUGGAAUUUUAUGGGUUUGAUUCUAUCUAUAUCCGAGAUUCAACUCUCGAAAAAUGCAAGCAGGCAUGCUUGAAUGACUCCAACUGUAAAGCCUUCCAAUUCACUUUUGAUAAAGGGAUGGGUACUUUCAUCUGCUAUGUCAAGACUUUGUUGUUCAAUGGCUAUUACUUGGGUACUCAUUUCGUCACUUACCUUAAGCUACCUAGAAGUUAUGUGUUAUCCUAUGAUCAAAAUGUCGCUAACAGGUCUAGCUUCAAUUGCUCGAAUUCAACAAUCAAACUAGAACGAACAUACGAGAUAAAACACGCAAAUGGGUCCCUCAAGUUUAUGUUAUGGUUCAGUGUUAUCCUUGGUGGAAUAGAAUUUACGUGCUUUAUAUUCUUCUUUUAUAUCACUCGGAAACCUUCAGGCAGAAGUAGAACAACGCAAGCCUACCUUGCAGUUGCUACUGGAUUCAGAAGGUUCACAUAUGAUGAAAUAAUGAAGGUAUCUCAGAAAUUCAGAGCAGAAAUUGGGAGAGGUGGUGGUGGUAUCGUGUACAAAGGCGUACUUGCUGACUCACGAAUGGUAGCAAUCAAGCAACUCCAUGAGGCUAGCCAGGGAGAAGCUGAAUUCCUAUCAGAGAUGAGCAUAAUUGGGAAGAUAAAUCAUAUGAACUUGAUAGAAACAUAUGGUUAUUGUGCUGAGGGAAAGCAUAGAAUAUUGGUUUAUGAGUACAUGGAGAAUGGCUCAUUAGCUAAGAACUUAAGUGCAAAUCAGCUUGAUUGGCGGAAGAGGUUUGARAUUGCAACAGGUGUGGCCAAAGGGUUAGCUUAUCUACAUGAAGAAUGCUUGGAGUGGGUUUUGCACUGUGAUGUUAAACCACWUAACAUAUUGUUGGAUACUGAUUACAAUCCAAAAGUGGCAGAUUUUGGCUUGUCCAAGUUAUUCAACCGAGGUGCAACAAAAAAUUCCAUAUUUUCCAAGAUACGAGGGACUAGAGGGUAUAUGGCUCCAGAAUGGGUGUUCAAUCUUCCAAUUACCUCAAAAGUGGAUGUUUAUAGCUACGGGAUGGUGGUGCUAGAGAUGGUAACAGGUCGGAGUCCGACAUGUGAUCAAACAAGUGAUGAUAAUGAAAGGAUGGACCAAAAAACUCUUSUAAGUUGGGUUAGAGAGAAGGUCCACGAGGCUGCUGGGAGUUUGACAGAAACACAAAUCGUUGAGAUAUUGGAUCCUGUUAUGAGAGAUGAAUAUGACCAAGGCCAGAUACAAAUUCUUCUAAACGUGGCUCUCAAAUGUGUUGAGGAAGAUAAAGACGCCAGACCAACCAUGAGCGAGGUCGUGAAGAUGCUUCUUCACCCUGAGAUGAAUAUAUGACUAAUUAAUGUCUACUAGCAUUUGGCCCAAUAAAGAAAUUCAUUCAUACCAUAUAUAUUGUAUUGUGUGAUGUUCUUGGUUGUGAGGGGAGGGGCAUGGGCACC